AAAUAGGGCCGAGCAGGAGCGGAGCGCGGAGAGGAAACCAGCCGGAGGAGGCGGAGGAUGGCAACCCGCUGCUGAGAGUUGGGACGCGCUACCCGUCGCUCCUAACAAAGCUGCUACUGAUCCACCAGCUUGUAAUUCAUCUGAACCCUUUAAACCCUGCCAAGCAGGAGAGGAGUGGAACUAAAAGAGCGCAGAUCGGACGCGUCGCUGCGAAGAAAUCUGUGGCAUAUUUAGUCGCAUUUUAUUUCUUUCCGUCUUGCCUCAGAAUAUCACAGGUAGACACUCAUGGGCAGCCUGGGUGUUUGGGCUGUGGCUGUGGCCACUCUGCUGGGAACCUCAGGGUGCUGGCUGGCUGAAGGGCACAAGGGCAGCAGGCGAGGCAGCAUGGAUACAGCCACCACAUCACGUACCUCCUCCCUGGAGCCACACAUGGAGAAGGGGAAAGCAGACGGGAACAUCGAUCAAUCCCUUUCAGAUGCAGAUGAAGAUCCCUGUCGGAGGACCUACUGUGGACGGGGUCGACAGUGUGUGCUGAUGGCAGAAACUGGCCGUGCUGAGUGUGUUUGCCAGGAAAAAUGCCGGCCCUCCUUCGUGCCGGUGUGCGGCUCAGACGGCAGGUUUUAUGAGAACCAUUGCGAGGUUUACCGCGCCGCCUGCCUGGAGAGGAGAAGAAUUUAUGUGGUGCACAGCAAGGACUGCUUCUUCAGAGGCAAUGCAUGCACUAUGUCAGAGUACAACAGGCUGAAGAGCAUUCUGCUGGAUAUGCAGCCUGAAGUGCUGAAAACUGGAGAGCACAGCCAGCAGCGAGACAUGGAGGAGAAGAGAGCACUGGUGGACACCAUGUUCAAAUACCUGGAUGUGAACAAUGACAGUCGGCUGGUCAGUGAUGAGCUGGAAAAGCUCUCCAUGAAGGAGCAUCUGGAAGACAGUCUGCUGGAGUGCACCGUGCAAGACCUGCUGCGUUACGACGACUACAACAACGACGGACACCUCAGUCUGCACGAGUUCUACACGGCUUUUCAGGUUGUCCAGCUGAGCCUGACAGAGGACCAGCGCAUCAGCGUCUCCACGGUAACAGUGGGCCUCAGUGCCGUCCUCACCUGUGCCAUCCAGGGGACGCUGCGCCCACCAAUCAUCUGGAAGAGGAACAGCAUUGUAUUAAACUUCUUGGACCUGGAGGAUAUUAAUGACUUUGGGGAUGACGGCUCCCUGUACAUCACCAAGGUGACAACUAUCCACAUGGGGAACUACAGUUGCCAUGCCUAUGGCUAUGAGGACCUCUACCAGAUACAUGUGCUACAGGUGAAUGUCCCUCCAGUGAUCUUGGUCUAUCCAGAGACACAGGCCCAGGAACCUGGUGUGUCUGCCAGUCUCCACUGCCAUGCCGACGGCAUCCCGAAUCCCAAACUCCUCUGGCUGAAGAAUGGCAUGGAUCUGCAGCCCAGAUCCUCCAAACAGCUUUCUCUCAUAGCAAAUGGUAGCGAGCUCUUCAUUGGCAGCGUUCGGUACGAAGACACCGGAGCCUACACGUGCAUCGCCAAGAACGAAGUGGGAGUGGACGAAGAUAUCUCCUCUCUGUUUGUUGAAGACUCAGCCAAGAAGACCCUUGCAAACAUUCUGUGGAGAGAAGAAGGGUUGAGUGUGGGGAACAUGUUCUACAUAUUUUCUGAUGAGGGCAUCACAGUUCUCCAGCCCAGUGAAUGUGAGAUACACAGACACAUGAAGAGGACAGAGAGGAUUGUUGCCACCUAUGAGGAGAUGUGCCCUAAAGGUGAGGGGGUGUCACCUCAGCACUGCGUGUGGUCGUCAGCAGUCAACAUCAGGGAUAAGUAUAUCUACGUGACCCAGCCCCUCCAGAGUCGACUGCUGGUCGUUGACAUUCAGGCACAGAAGGUGGUGCAGGCAAUAGCAACAGAUCCUUUUCCAGUGAAGAUGCUCUAUGACAAAUCACACGACCAGGUCUGGGUCCUGACAUGGGGGGAUAUGGACAGAACACAUCCGACACUUCAGGUGAUUCCUCAGGCCAGUGUGGGAGAAGUUCAUCAUGUCAUCCGCACAACUUUCCAGAGAGUCAGCGACUUCUUCAUUCCUCCAACCAACCUCAUCAUCACUCACGUGAGGUUUGCCUUUGUCUUCCUCAAAAACGAACCUGCACUACACAAGAUUGACCUGGAGACCUUCCACCGUGUCAAAACCAUCAGCCUGAAGAAUUACAGCUGCAUACCAGUCAGCAUGGCCUACACACACCUGAGCGGCUUCUACUUCAUCCAGUGCCAGAGCAAGAACCACAUGCAAGCCCCUCCCCAGCUUCUCAUUGACAGUGUGACGGACACUGUGAUUGGUCCGAACCUAAACAUCACAGGACAACCCUUUGUUUCACCGGACGGCCGCUACAUUGUGACACCUGAGCCACAGCGCUCAAAGCUGGUAGUUCAGACUGUGUCAUUCCAGGGGGAGCUGGGUCUGAACCAGGAAAUGGACAAGCCUGUAGAGGUCUCCGAUCUGGUUUUCCAGCCCUCCUUCACCGAGCCCAACCAGCAUGUGGUGGUGGCCACCUCAGGCUCAGGCACGGACCUGCUGUUUGCAGACCUGUCCUCGGGCCGUGUUGAGGUUAUCCAGAGCCUCAAGGAUCCUCUAUCUCCACGAGCCUGGCCCUGGGGAGGCCCCAACAGAGUGGUGGUCUCCAGUGGGAUGUUUGGACAGUAUCUGGUGACACCGUCAGCUGAGUCCCUCUUUGUCCUGAACGGCAAACAGAGAACGCCACACUGCGAGGUGUCAGACAUCAAGAGAGGGAACACAGCUGUCUGGGUCGGUGAGGUAUGAGUCGAAACAACAAAGCAGGAGACGUAGAAUUAGGGAAAGCUGUAAGUGGGGGAAAAAGGGAAAGAUCAGGCCAAAUUACCUAUUAUAAAGAUUUGUCAACAUAAGUUGUGGACUCAACCCUGGGACCGAGCAAGAGGGAAGCACGCCUGGGUUUACUAUAACAAAAGUACUUAAAAAUAGAGUAAGUAAGAAAACAUUGAGGUACCCUGUUGUGAUAUUUCUACUGGGAGAAAGUGUCAAUGCCGUUCAGUGCAACAGUGAUCUAUGUGCACUUAACUAUACAGAAUUGUAACAUUAUUGCACUUCCUUCCAUGUUAUCACAGCAAAUAGGUAUCAGAAGAGGGGUUAUUAACACACUAUGAACUAUGCACAAUGCUCACUUUUUUAGAGUAAAAAGCUUUCCAGUUUUGUUUGUUUGUUUUCACCAGUGCUGCAUAUAAUCAACACAAACUGUCUGCCUUUAGUGUCUGUGUGUUCUGAGUCCUUUAAAAGCUACCGACCUGUUUAUUCACCCUUGUCAUGGUAUUGUACUGUGUUCUCUGAAAGCUUUCAUUCUCCUGCUGCCAGCACAGGCUGGCUUUAUGCACAUGUGUAAUGCCCUCUAGUUACAUCAUCUAUCCAAAGAGCCCAAAUGGUCUAUUAGCCAUCAACAAUGGAUGUCUCACUCACAGAGGAAGCCUAACCAGAAAUGAACAAUACAUCUUAUGGUCUUGCAAUGGUAUAACAGUCCCCCGCUGUCUUCCUCAGUUAUUCUGUACCUGCAGCACAACUCUGUGCUGUGGAGCCUGAAAAUGUCACUUACCAGAUUCCCUCAGGGUAAUAACUCCAGUUUACGCUGACCCACAUGCUGAGGCCGUGCCAAAGUGGCAUCAGCUCUGCUAUCUGACUGGCUGUGAGCAUUUGUACAUCCUCUCCAGGAGCCAUGCAUCAAAUCCAAGGCCAGGUAGACUUGUACGACUGUAACAAAAAGGAGCUGCUUUUCUUAAAAGCCUGUUGGAUACAUUUUCAUAGACCUUAGCAAUAUGUAAACAUGUUUCCUGUUUCUAGGAAUAGUUACUAAUUGUUAAAUUAUUAAAAUGUACAGGUUUGUUAAACCUCACUCUUCAAAAGUUGCAUCCCAACUUUUAAAGCCCCCAUAUUGUCUGUCCCGAGGCAGUAACUGAAUAAACAACAGCAUCUCUCAUAUCAAAACGUCUGAAACUGUCUCUGAGGUUGAACUUUAGCUUUUAAUUUGCUUUGGCCACUUGUACUAAUCAUCAUUACCAUGAUCCAUUGGCUGAAAGAGAGGGAAUGCUGCUGUCUCUGCAGAUUGAAUGACAGUGUCAAAUUACUGGGACGGGGAGUUUUAGGAUUAUGACUUUUUCUUUUCUCCUCAUUAUGCCAUGUACCCCUGUUCUCGGCCUCAAACUACAUCUGAUACAUGAAUGUCUAACAUUUAUCUGUCAGUAUCAUGAAACAUCCAAAGAUUUUUUUCUUAUAAUGUAAAUUACAAAUUAUAUUGAGAGUUAAAAUUUGUUUUCUCUUUAAAAUACACAUGUAGCUUAUUGUUAUAAAAGCUUGUUGCCAGGUUUUAAAUCUGCUUGUCUGAGAAUUAAAGCAGCAUCAUUCUCACAACGUAUUUCUAAAAUUUGCUAGUUUUCGCUGUCCAACAGCUUCUCCAGCGAGCACAGAGCAGCUGGAAUCAAAAUCGUAGCCCAUCGUCAGCAACACGACUUACUACUAUAUUAAAUUAACUAAAAAGUAAUGUAAUAUACACUCAGUUUACUAGGUGCACCUUCAAUUUUUGGAGAUGAGAGUUUAGGGCUUCACGAUUAUGGCAAAAAUCAUAAACACGAUUAUUUCAACCAAUAUUGAGAACACAAUUGUUUGACAAGAUUAUUCAUCGACUUUGGAAAUAUCAUGCACUUUUUUGGACUUGAAAACGUCUUUUAACGGGUUUCUUUUUAUAUGAUUCAAUAAUUUCAUCUGCCCUACUGUGAUUGACAGUUCAGAGGAAAUUAAUACUCUAGAUUUAUUUUCCAAAUAAAUCUUUGCUACUUCAGGUUAACACGCGCUGCUGGUGCAUGACAGACUACGAGCAAAGCUGAAAUGAUCUAUCCCUGUAAGGUUAUGCUCGUUUAGCGGGUGUUUUGUUACAUUACUCUUAUUGAGUUUUUACUUGCAGAGGUUUUAUUGCACUACAGUAACGAGCCGACGGUAGGUCUUGUCAGCCUUCGUGAUGUUUCACUUCACCUGAUGCGAGCAAAAAAUGGUCGCACUGUAGAGCAUUGAAGGGGUGCAAUGGAUAUAAGAAGACAAAAUGAGAGCAUCAUAAUGUAACGGAGUGUGGCACAAUAAUUAUUUUAUCUCAGUUUUUUUGUUUUCAUAAUAUUUGGAAGCCAAAAUCAUAAUUUGCAUAAGUUUUAGGCAGGUCUACCUAAUAGCUACCAGCUGAGGGCAGAAACAGCAGCAGCUGGUAAUGGGGCCGAUUUAGGCAUGUUUUAACAAAUCUAUCAACUAAAAUAAAGGCAAUCACAAUCUGAUAAUCUCUUUGCUGUGUUUUGUCCACCUCAGCCUGUUGCCACAUUGCUCUCACCUUUAUGAUAAUCAGGCUCUAAAAUGUGGAAUUUCACUGCAUGACUGCAUGUGAACAAUGAUUUACUCUGUUCUGAUUAUAAGGCUGCACCUGUUAUUUCUAUGGGUGGGGAGACAUAUUUAGCUAAAUACAGAGCUAUGCAAUAUUAAAUGCCCACAAUCAGGGCCAA